AUGGACUGGUCGCAGAACCAGCGCUUGCAAGUCAGGUUCGGGGAAGACGGCGAGCGAUUCCUCGUAGAGCAUAUGCCAGCAGAUCACAGCUGCGGCUUCCAUGGAAUUGGCAUUGACAGACGAACAGCUGCAGCACUGCUGCUGCAAAGUUUAGGUGAUCCAGAAGUGAAGGAUUUCUUGGCAUCAGAUCUACUCGCUGCCAUCCAGACAGGAGAGAGAUCUUCUUUUCCUCGAGAGCUUCGCCAUGACACAGAUCUUUGGACACACCUCGCCGACUACUAUCGUCGGCAGGAGGCUUUGGAUCACAGACGCCGCGAGGCAACAUCCUUUCUUCAAGAUGUGGGCGCUUCUGCCGUCGUUCAGGGAGCCGUAGAAAGACUCGGCCUGGUGGAGGCCUUGAGACUUUUCUUCAAUGAGCUGAAGGACAAGGCUGCUUCGCUCCCAAGUGGCCGCGAAAAGCUUCUGGCAUUUCAGCUGCUGGCACAAUGUAAAUCGCAAGAGAAGGAGGCGGCCGCAACUGCGGCUGCGACAGCUCAGGCGCUGGAAAGACUGCGACAGCAAUGUGUCAGAUGCAUUUCUGCGUAUGUCUCAUGGGUCGGAAGUGACGACACCUUCUGGCUUUCGUUUCUUCGUGGUUGCGGAAGCUCAGAGCAUUCUGGCGGACUGCUAGAUGCCAUCGCAAAGGUCGCAGGCCUCACCAUCCGGGUUUGGGCUGAAGGUCACCAAGCCCCGCUGCUGUCAUUGUUGCACGAAGCACGGUUUGGCAGCCGCCUGGUGAACCUUUGGUACCAAAGUGAGCUCGGGCACUUUGAUCGCUUAGUCCCCUGCACCGGCUUUUGCGAGCUGCCCGCAGAACUGGUCGAGUAUCUGGAGCCAUGGGAGAAAGCGGCGAAGAAGUCCAUGCCGGAGCUACAGCCAGGUCCAGAGCUCCUCUCGUGCCUGCGCGCCGUGCAGCAGGUUCUUCGAAGCGCUUGUGUGGCAGUCGAGCGCGGAGUGGCCGUAACGGAGCGUCCAUGGCAGGACUUCAGUGCAGCCUGGGAUACCUACCAGAGAAACCUACUGCAAGGCCUGGGCAACCGUGAAGCCCACCAGCGCGCAACAUCCCUCAACUUGCAAAUCAUGUGA